GAAGAGGUUAAUCUUUGGAUGUAGAUUUUGUCAAGAAGCAGUAUAUUUUUAUUGCAAAGAAUGAUACUUAAUAAAAAUACAAAAAUAAUUGGGAGCAGAGUCAUAUUAGUACCCUACCAGAAGAAGCAUGUACCAAAGUAUCAUACCUGGAUGCAAUCAGAGGAGUUAAGAAACCUCACUUCAUCCGAACAACUAUCUCUCGAAGAAGAAUAUAAUAUGCAACAAUCAUGGCUUCUUGAUGAAAACAAAUGCACAUUCAUAAUAUUGGAUAAAGAGAUCUAUACUAAUUCUAAAGAUGAGAUUGUUGCUAUGAUUGGAGAUACGAAUUUUUUCUUAACCGAUAUAAAUGGAGUACUUUGCGCUGAGGCUGAAAUUAUGAUCGCAGAAGUAACGAGUCAAGGGAAGAAACGAGGUUGGGAUUCAAUGUUACAUAUGUUCCUAUAUGGCAUUGCUUUUAUCCACAUCAAACAUUUCAUUGUGAAAAUAGGAAACUCCAACUCAAAAAGCAUCAGUAUGUUCCGGAAAAUGGGAUUUAUUCAGACAAAAGAAGUUGACGUUUUCAAUGAGCAGCACUACUGAAAAAUGCCUCAGCAAAAUAGCAAGUAUUUAAGACCUUGACCAAAUGAGUACCGUGGGUCUAGACUCUAUGAAGAAGAAGAGUAUGGGCUUCACCAAUGUGGUUACAGUUGGGUUGGAUGAAUAAUAUUCAUGUGAGUUUGAAGUCUUCUUCAUAACAAUUCAUGUUGAGGUAGGAAGCAAUGUUAAUUUACUGAUAAUGUAGGCGUGCAAAGAAUAAACUUCAAUAGUACCCGACCAUAAAGGUAACAAUCAUAUUGUAAGAGAUUCAUACUUCGAAUAAAGUAUGCAGAGUGGCGGAUUUGCUUUGAGGUCAAGUAGGCCCGGGCCUAGGGCCCAAUUCAAAGUAGCUUCACAGAGUGAGUAAGAAUUAUUUGUUUAAAUUCAACAUUCUUCAUAACUAAGGGCCUAGGUUGACCAAAACUGUUAAGUUAAUCCGCCACUGAGUAUGCCAGAGCGUUUCUAAAAAUAAAGCGUAGUAUUCAGGUUGGUUCUAAAUACUAUAACCCAGA